AGCGUGAGUGGUUUAGUAGGACAGCUCGGACAGACCAACUACGCCGCGGGCAACACCUUCCUCGACUCCUUCGCCGCGCACCGGCUGCAGCAGGGCCUUCCAGCCUGCUCGAUCAAUCUCGGUCCCAUCGACGAUGUCGGCUACCUCGCCAACCACGACCAGGGUACCAUACUCAAUCGCGUUUUCGAAACUCGCGGCUGGACCCCCAUCCACGAGGCCCUGCUCCACCAAAUCCUGCGCAUCAGUAUCCUCCAGCAGACGCACCGUCUGAACCCAUCCCACACCGGACAACUCAUCACGGCAAUUGUGCCCGGCGAGACUCCCUUCGAGCCCGUUCACCGGUUCAGCGCCCUAGCCGGCCGUAAUACAGCCAAGACCGGCGGCUGCGGCGUCGACGCCGAAUCGAAAUCUAAGCUGGCGCUCCUGAAGAAGGGCUCACCGGGCGACACUGACCAUGCCAUUUUACUUGCUGCAGCCGUGGAGCUGGUGAAUCCUGUCUUAAUGCGCAGUUUGGGUGUUGGGGAGCCGUUGGAUCCUACGCGCCCGCUGAGCAAUUACGGAGUUGACUCGCUGGUCGCAGUGGAGUUGAGGAACUGGGUCCGUCAGCAGUUGGAGAUCGAGGUUAGUGCAUUGGAGAUUGUGGGUGCUAGGUCUCUGACGGCGUUGUGCGAGACGCUUCUGGGCAAGUUGGCGCGGUAA